ACAUGCGGAACCCUUGCAUCUAGACAUUUGUAUUUCUACGGCGCACGUAGUGUAACACCAAACACUGAUCUGCUGCAAUUCUGUAUGUUUCAGUUAAGUAUAACACUUAUUUAGCGUUCAUUGCUAAACUUAACUGUUAGAUUAGUUGCACAUAUUCACAUGGCGCCAGAAGGUGACUGAUACCACUAACGUUAUCUGGUUUGCAUUAAUGUUGUGCUUUUGGAUAGCGAGAAGGUCAUGAGCAAUUUGUAAUGCUGCUAUUAUCUCACUAAUUCGUUUAGUUCAAUUAUUAUAUAUUUUUUUCCAUGUUAUUUGAGAUGCCGUUGAACAAAUGCACCAGAUGUUUUAUACUCUUAGGGCUUAAAUUAUCAUGCAGUGCCACACUUUAGUUGUCCACACUUGUCCAAACCUGUAAAGUAAAUAGUACUUUGCACGUUUUUAGCUCCAGCUGCAAACUGAAUUCGCUUGAGAUCACACUUAAGAAAUAUACACUUAUAAUAUAUUUAAGAAAACGCAUCAGGAUGUACAAGCAGUGGUCUGUAGAUAUAAAUGCAGAUGCUAAGCAGAUGUGGAAACAGUCUGAAUCCAGCCUGCAACCAAAUGGAGAAAAGACAAGCCCCAUAAGUGUUAUACUAGUUAGCUCUGGCAGCAGAGGAAAUAAACUGCUCUUCCGAUACCCGUUUCAGAGGGUAUCUGAAAACACUUCAUCAGCAACAUCAAAACAGCGGAGUCCGUAUGUCUUGAAUACUUCAGGUGACUCUAUAGAGGACCAAGAUGGUGAUUCAAGAGAACAAACUCCACUAACUGAUGAACAGUUGGUAGAAGGGUUUUCUGAUAUUAUUCUUGCCACCAUCCUGGCCACCAAAUCUGAUAUGUGCGGCAAGAAGUUUGAACUAAAAAUAGACAACGUGCGCUUCGUCGGACAUCCAACCUUAUUGCAGCCUCCACAUACUACUCAGGUCUCCAAAACUGACCCCUCCCCCAAAAGAGAACUGCCCACCAUGAUCCUGUUCAGCGUCGUUUUUGCAUUAAGGGCCAAUGCCGACGCCUCGGUCAUCAACUGUAUGCAUAACCUGUCCCGUCGCAUUGCCAUUGCCCUGCAGCACGAGGAGCGCAGGUGCCAGUACCUCACCAGAGAGGCCAAGCUCAUGCUGGCAGUGCAGGACGAGGUCACCACCAUGACCGAGACAGACGGCUCUCCACAAUCACCGUUUCGCCAAAUCCUUCCCAAGUGUAAAUUAGCAAGAGACCUAAAAGAGGUCUAUGACAGCCUCUGCACAACUGGAGUUGUUCGGCUUCACAUUAAUAACUGGCUUGAGGUCAGUUUCUGCCUGCCACACAAAAUUCACCGUGUGGGAGGGAAACACAUCCCACCAGAAGCUCUUGAGCGCAGCCUAAAGGCCAUUCGGCCGUAUCACGCACUGCUGCUCCUGGACAAUGAGAAGGCCUUACUAGCUCAGCUUCCUCUGGACUGCUCUCCUGCUCUGGUGCGGCUCAUCAAAACCUGCUCAGCCGUCAAGAACCUGCAGCAGCUGGCUCAAGACGCUGACCUGGCUCUCCUACAGGUCUUCCAGAUAGCUGCACAUUUGGUAUACUGGGGUAAAGCUAUCAUUAUCUAUCCUCUCUGUGAGAACAACGUGUAUAUGCUGUCUCCCCAUGCAAACAUCUGCAUGUACUCUCCUCUGGCUGAGCAGUUUGCUCUCCAAUUUCCAGGUCAUGACCUGCCCUCCAUGUUAGCAAAGUUCUCACUUCCUGUAUCUCUGUCUGAGUUCAGGAAUCCACUGGAUGCCCCUGUGCAUGAGGCCCAGCUCAUUCAGAUGGUGGUCUGGAUGCUCCAGCACCGGCUGCUGUUUCAGCUCCACACGUAUGUCUGUCUGCUGGUCCCACCCAUUGAGGAGGAGCCUGGUCUUCGGGAGGAGGAGCCACCCCUAGUCACACGUGUUACAGGCCGGAGUCUGAGCACACCCAGCGCCCUCAGUUUCGGCUCUCCUACAAGUAGCGAUGACAUGACCCUCACGAGUCCCAGUAUGGAUAACUCAAGCGCUGAGCUCCAGACUGGAGGAGACUCUCCUCUCAAUAAAAGAAUGACAGAAACGCUUCUGGCCAGUCUGACCGAACAUGAGCGGCAGACCAUCCUCCGUGUCCCAGCAGCACAGAACCCAGAGGACCUGCGCUUGUUUGCCAGGCUGCUGCAUUAUUUCAGAGGCCAUCAUCACCUGGAAGAGAUCAUGUACAAUGAGAACAUGCGUCGCUCGCAGCUGAAAACUUUAUUCGAUAAGUUUCGCAGUGUCUUAGUGAUAACCAACCACGAGGACCCCAUCAUCUCUCUGUUCCAGACUCCACCAGACUAAAUGGAUCAUUCAGCUUACUGUGAGUUUGAUGAUGGUGUGACGUGAUUGCUUAUCAUCAGUGGCUAAAGCAAAAUGCUAACAACCUGCUGAGUUUCAUAAGUGGAUUAUGAAGUAAGUCUCACAUAAUCUAUUGUAUAUAGCUGUACUGACAGGCAUAAAAUGGAUCGCUUAAGCAAGCAUCUCCUAUUUGGAGAUUGCUCCCUGAUGUCAUAAAUCAUCUCCUCAAGCAAACAAGACCCAAAACACAUGCCAUGAUGGUAAUUCCAGACCAUAAGACCGCAUGCCAUUGAGACUGAGUGUGGAGAAACAGAGAAAGAGAAAAGGGGGUUGCAAUUACCUUGAAGUGCAAAUGGUUUUCCAAACAUCUGUAAAAUCAAUACAGCACCAGGAAUUACAGGAAUAUGCAAUAAAAAAACAUGCUGUUACAAGACUCAAACUCAAAAGGUUAGUUGACUCAAAAAUGACAAUUAUUUACCCACUCUUGUAACAUGCCACCCGUGUGACUUUCUUCCAGUAAUUGUCCUGCUCUUUUUGUUCACAAUACAGUGAAAAUAAUUAGUCACCAGGGGUUUUCAAGCUCCAAAAUGGACAAAACGAGCACAGUAGCAGAUUGGUUAUAUUCUUCUCAAUAGGAAAGCUUUGUGAGGAAAGAUGAGAAGAUUAUUGGUGAAUGAUGACUUAAACUUCCCAUUUUUUGUUGCGUUAGAAGACUUACAGAGAAUAUAGAGAACAAGUCAUUUUUAGAUGACUUUUAGAGUGCUUUUCACCUUUUUUUAAUUUAUUUUUUUAACCUUGACAGUCCCUAGUCAGCAUUAACUAGAAUUAUAUGGAUAAGAGCAGCUUGGACAUUCUGCUAAACAUAUCCUUUGGUGUUCAACAGAGUAAAAAAAAAAAAUCACACACAUUUAGAGCAACAUGAUAGUGAGUAAAUGAUUCAUUUUUGAGCAUACAAACUUUUAAAAGAGUGAUUCCAUGACUAAACAACAUUUCAUCAGGCUGUCCUUUCCAUCUCAGUGUUAUGAAGAUCAGUGGAGGAUUGCAUCUGGCGCUCUGCGUCUCUGUUUAGCACGCUCACACACGGGUGUCCUCUCAAGUAGAAGCGAAGCGGUUUGGUUGCCCAUUCGCCAUGAGACUCGACUCCUAUCCGGGGCGCUGACACCAUCUCUCCAGCAAAAACAGUCUCUCGUUCUGGGUCCCUCUCCAGCCACACCUCAGUAUCAGUGGCCAGAUCCCUGCGGUCGAAGCAGCGCUGUAUAUCUAGUGCUUGGCAAAGCUUGGACGGGCCAUUGCAGAGCUCUUUUUCUUUAAGGAUUUUGGCUCCUGCCUUGCGUUUGGCUGCUCGCAGGCCCCUCAUGACGUCCUGACCGCUCAGAGGCUCCAGCGAGCGCAAAAGCACCGCCGCUCCCUCCCCUGCACACACAUAUAGUAGUUAGUGCGGCUCCAUGCCGUCUCCUUCCUGUUGGCUUGUGUCUGUGUGCGUUCGCUCCAACCUUUCUCUAGGUUUAUGUAAUGUGCCAAAUUGACCUAUAAUGAGAAGCAAAGCAGCAGCAAAACAAAACCCUUGUUGCUUGUGUAACUAUCGGUGAGGGAUCUGUGGUUACAGCCUUCCGGCUCCAUCUCCUGUGAAGCGCUAUUCCUGAUAUGUGCAUGUGGUCAAUUACAGCGUUUUUUGGAGCCUCACCUUGGCUGGAGACGUUCAUGCAGAGGUAGAUGCCGUAGAUGGGAUAGACGUAGAUGGUCCCAGGCUUCAUGAACAUGGCAGUGUUUCUCUCGGUGCGUUUUCCUCCUGCUGAGUGGGAUGCUUUGUCCUCCCCACCCAAAUAUGCUUCGGUUUCCACAACCCUUCCUCUGAGCUCAGUGCCAUCAGUUAGCUUCCUCACCAACACCUAAUUGACACAGAAACCAGAUGUCACACUCUUUGCAAAACUUCCCACACCCUGAGGCUGUACAGGCAUCUUACAUCCAGCAGGUGGUGCAAAUGUAUGGAUAAAUUAUAUUGGCUGAGAAUCAUUAGACAACAAAUGUUAGGAGCUAGUGGUGCUUACUAAUGAGAUCUCAGAUCCUGUGGUUAAUAAGGAGUAAAGAUGUGCUACUGUUUUUCUAGGUUAUUGGAUUAAUGAUUGUUUUUGUCAGUUGAUAAAUCAGGCAAAAAAUUGCAUACACUACUGUUCUAAUGUUUGGGGUCGAUAAGAUUUAUUUGAUCGUAAAAACAGUAAUUUUACGAUAUAUUAUUGCAAUUAAAAAGAACUGUUUUCUAUGUUA